CCACGCGCUCCUGCCAUGGGACGAUGCCAUGGGACCUUGCCAUUGAUCCGACCUGAUCGCUGACCGGCCGGACGCCGCCCUGUCCGGCGGAGAGGGUCGUGAGACCGGUGUCACGUCAGGUGUCAGGAACUGAAGCACUGUGAACCUCGAUGUCCUUUUUCAAAAGAAGCAGACGAUCAAACUGAAGCACUGUGAUCUGAAGCGGAUUUGUUUGUGGGUGAUUCUCGUGCCUUUCUGCAAGUCCUGGAUCUCUGGGCUGACGGAAGCCCUGGUCGACAUGAGGAGUUAUAUAGAAUCAAACUCAUUUAUUCCACACGAAAUUGGAAUUGUGGUUUGGGGGUUCUGCCUAUAUUCCAAUACGUGCUUCGUGUACAGGAAGAUCGCUAACUGAGCACAGACCCGUGGUCGACUUGCAGGAUGGUUGGGACUCAUCGCUUAGAGACUAAUUUAGGCCUAUGGACGGUUAAGCUGAGUUCGCGUGUUUGGCAUGUUUGGCUUCUGGAGUCGAGUUGGACUUGUCCAAGUUUCUUCUUUCUGGGACUCUGGGACCCCCCCAGUUCCGAUGAAGACCUUGCAAGUUGUGCCCCCCCUCCAGCACGCCCAGUUCUUCCAAAUCCCACCAGCGCAGGGGAUGUCUGCACACCUGAGAUCUGGUCAGACCAUGACUGGCAUGGUGAAGAGCUACAACCGCCGUGGCUUUGGCUUCAUCAUGUGCCAGGCGAUCGAACAGGACAUCUACUUCUCACGGGAGAGUUUGCACCCCAACCUGCAGACGUCGGACCUCGCGGGCGAGCAGAUCCAGUUCGAAAUCCAUCGCUUCUCGGACGGGAAGUUGCAGGCACGGAAUCUGCGCGCCUUGGGUGACGUCAGCGACUUCAAGGGUAGUUCCUACGGGGCAAACAGGGACUACGGCGCUGGGGUGCGGGCGCAAUUCUUCAACGCUCACCGCUCCACGGGAUUGCAGGACGAAGACCGAAGUAGAGAUUGGUACUGCAAGAGCUGUGGGGAGCGGAACUUCAUGAAGCGUCUGGAGUGCUUCAAAUGCAAGGCGGUGAAGCCGCCGGAGGUCGGGGAGGCCGUGGCGGCGCCGCCAGUCGUGACGCCUGCGCCGAAGCGGACCUUGUCGCCCCAUGCGGGCUCUCGCGCGAUGAGAGAGAUGUACAAGCAGGGUGCUCUUGGUGGGGUUGCAGCGGCGCCCAAGCCGUCACCUUCCGAGAGAAGUCGCAGCCGGAAGAGCCCGGACUCCAGUAGCUCCUCCAGCAGUAGUGGCAACAGGCGCAAGAAGAAGAAGAAGCACAAGAAACACAAGGGGAGGAGUAGCUCUUCCUCCAGCUCAUCCAGAUCCAGGAGCAGUGUACGAUCGCUGAAGGAGGAUCCGGACAAAACCAGCGGCCAGGAGACGAAUCCGGAGAUCGAGACGGCGAAAGCUCAGGCCUUGGAAAAGUUGAUGAAACUGAAAGAGAUCGAGUCCAAAGAGAACCGCUCCAAGGAAUUCCGGGCCUUGCUGCGGAAGUGGCAUCCGGACAAGAACCCUGAGCAGCAAGAGGUGGCCACUGCGGUCUUCCAAUUCCUGCAGAAAGGAAAGCUUCUGAUCGAGUCCUAAGGCACGCGAAAGGAGGUUCUGGGAAUGACCAGUGCGGUCCACAGGUGACUGCCGUGCAUGUCUUGUCGCCCACGUGCAAGGUCAUGUCUAGGGCCACGAGCGCCGAG